AUGCAAAAACCUCUACGAGCCCAGGAGCUCCCAUCCGGACAUCCCGAUAACCCUCACAGCGUUUCCGCACCGAUUUCAUCUGUGUCGAAGCCAGGUGUUCCUGGUGACGUCCAGGAGGAAUAUCAAUCGGCAACCAAUCUGCACGAGAGGAAGGGUGCCACCGACUCCCUGUCCGAAGAUGAGUUGAAAUACCUCUUUUUUGGAGCACCGCAUUUUCUGCUGGAGAAGGGUCACUGCUCAUGGUGGUAUCCUCAUGUCAUUUUCCCUUGGGAUUAUAGCUCGAGAAUUCGAAACCUCGCAGACCGAAGGGCACUGCAGCACCCUUCUUUCAUGCCCUCGACACUCCAUGCCCAUAUCCCAGUAACUUCAAAUGGUGCGGGAAUACAAAUAUAUCCGGAUGCCCUAACUGAAAGGCAUGGUUCCAGACCGCCCUCGUUUGACAUUGGCGUGUUCGAAAUUCCAAACAUGCAUUCAUCAAGGGCAAAAGAGGCUGGCUGCAUUGGAUCCCGUAAUUUCAUUGGAGCUACCGAUUGCAUCGCACCUGGGCCGCGCGGAAAAGAUGAUCCAUACACCGAUUAUCGGCCAAAUAUUACCCUUGAGCGUUUGAAAUUAGUCGCGGCAGGCCCUUCGGCAUGGAAUCGUAUUGGGGUGCGCAAUUGCUCCAUGAAGACCAUCACGGAGAGGCUCCAAACGUUAUCGGAUAUGCACGACCAAGUCACGCUCAAGGAGACCGUUGCGGACCUCCAUCGUCAACUCUUCAGCACGUUUUUAUAUCCCCCACCCGAUAUAGUACAUGCGGAACACCAUGAUAGCUUUCGGUUCCAGAUCAGCACGUUGAUGCAAGUGCUCAAUAUUAAGGGUGCCUAG